AUGUGGUACCACGGGUUGUUCCACUUACAAAGCAGGCUCCAGAACCUGCUGAAGGGAGGAGUCACAUGUUGGGCCCUUCAACAGCCCAAAUUCAAAAGCUUAUUUCCAUUAGCCAUCCAUGGGCACCAUACAGCCUCCAAGUCUCUGAACUGUGCUUGGCAGCAACAUGAAGAUCAUUUUGCUAAUAAGUCUUCCUUUAUUUCAUUUUACAGAGAAACGAUCUAUGGGAGGAUGUGGUAUUUCACUUCAGACUUCUCCAGGGGUGACACUGCGUACACCAAGUUAGCUCUGGAUCGGCACACUGACACUACCUAUUUUCAAGAGCCCUGUGGUGUUCAAGUGUUUCACUGUCUUAAGCAUGAAGGAACAGGUGGCAGGACGCUACUAGUGGACGGAUUCUAUGCAGCAGAACAGGUACUUCAAAAGGCUCCUGAGGGAUUUGAACUCCUCAGCAAAGUGCCACUGAAGCAUGAAUAUAUUGAAAAUGUUGGAGAAUGUCACAACCACAUGAUUGGGGUUGGGCCAGUCUUAAAUAUCUACCCAUGGAAUAAAGAGCUGUAUUUGAUCAGGUACAACAACUAUGACCGGGCUGUCAUCAAUACUGUACCUUAUGAUGUCGUCCAUCGUUGGUAUACAGCACAUCGGACUCUAACAAUAGAGUUGAGGAGACCAGAGAAUGAGUUUUGGGUCAAACUAAAGCCUGGAAGGGUCCUAUUUAUAGACAACUGGCGUGUCCUACAUGGCAGGGAAUCCUUCACUGGCUACCGCCAACUCUGUGGCUGCUACUUAACAAGAGAUGAUGUAUUAAAUACUGCUCGUCUCCUAGGACUUGAGGCUUAAAUUGACAGCAUUAGGAUUAUAAACACAGUACUCUAGCUAUCAGAAUUUCAUAUCAACAAAAUAAUAUUGUGCUAUAUAACCUACUUCAAAUUGUCUUCCUAUACCAUCCCACAAAACAGAAGUUUUUCUCUUUCUCUAGUA